AAAAAGAAUUAAUAAUGGAUUACUAUAAGUAUAGCACCCUGAAUUUCAUCAUCCACGCUUCAGUUUCACAGGUAUUAACAUGUCAAGAUUGUUAGGUAUGGAGUACAAUUUUCCUCAAGAACUCGUAGAGAACAUUUUGACAAGGCUUCCACUGAGAUCUCUUUUGCGGUUCAAAUGUCUAUCCAAACAAUGGUAUCUUGCGUUUUCCGAUUCAAAAAAAUUCAUCACUGGCCAAGAUUUUUUUCUCCAUUACAUUGAUUACCAUACCCCAGGGUUGUCUCGGUUAAGGAUUCCAACCUCUUUCGAUGGCUCCGAAGGGAAUACUGUUGAAGCAGUAGACGUUGAAUGUCCCCUUGCUGGGACUUCAAACGAAGAAAUUAUAUGCGUAGCACAUUGUAACGGCAUCUUGUGCAUGCUCAAUCACACUUAUUCACAACCCGAACAUUAUGCGUCCACAGUCAUAGUUUGGAACCCGAUGACUAGGGAACGUAAGAGAUUUCAGUUGACAGGCGGAGAAGGCGGAAGAAGGGGCUGGGAGGCUUUUGGGUUCAGCUAUGAUGCCUCCAUUGAAGAUUACAAGAUCAUGCACAUGUAUUAUAAUGUGCACAUUAUAGAUUUUCAAACUGCAUUAGAUGUUUACCAAUGUAGAAGUAUCAACGUGCUGAGGAUGAAGACCGGUCAGUGGAACAUUGAUCGGAACAACUUACUUGAUGGCAUAUGUGACAUAUCGGAAAAAAACCGUGUGGGAACGGCUGUUAAUGGCUGCCUCUAUUGGAUAGCAAGGAAGGGCAACGGUUCUGUGAUUGAGUUUGGGAAGAUUCACUUUGUUUGCUAUGCGAUUUUGAUCGCAUUCAUUUUGAUAUGUGGGUGAUGAGAGAGGAAAGUCAUGGGGUGACAAAAACUAAAUCAUGGGUUAAAUUGUGCGAGGAGAAGACUCUCUGUGAUGGCCGUUUCCGUUCUCCGAUGAUCAUUCAGAUCUGCUCCAGGUCUAAAUUUUUUGCUUUCAUCUUCCUUAUCCAAACUCGUAGCUCCUUUCUUCUUCAUUAUCUUCCUUAUUUCAACAUAUCAGAAUCAAUUCCCUUUUGUUUUCGGCUACGAUCUCAAUUCAUGGCAUCGCUACCGUAGGAGCCUACUUUGAUCUACUGUAUGAAGGUCGAGGUGGAUUUUCAGAUCCAACGGAUAUCGGGGGUUUUAUGGAUCUGAUUACGGGAUGCGAUCUCUUAAUAGCAUCUCAAGAUUUUGACUCCUGGUGGUCUAGGAGACGAUAAGGGGUUAGAUCUUGCUAAAGUUAAAGUAUAAGACUCUCUGUUCUACCUUAGCUCUGGUCUUACCUCUAACUUAGAUUUGCUUUUUUCUUUUUCCUUUUUAUUGGAGGGUGAAGCCAGGUUUGCAGAGAUCCGGGAGCUGUCAUAAGGGAACUUAUGUCCAAUUCCAAAGAUGUGUAUACAGAAAAGGUUCUGUUGAAAGACAGCCUUUGAGGAAUGCAAGCAAGGAUCACUGGAGAUUGCUCCAAGGAUUCCAGGUAGUCCUACUACCCUUUGUUUGGCCUUUUUUUAUUCAAUUGUAUUAAGGCAUAAUUAACGGACAGCAAAAUG